CUUCACUCUCUCUUGCUUGGUAGGACGAAUUCCAGCACAGUGGUGGAGCCAAGCUGGCCGUUCACCUCGCUUUUUGCAUCCUCGCUCGGAAUCUCAAGCCCAGCCAAUCAAGCCCACUUUGUGCCCUUCCUGUCCCGUUUCGAAUCGGCGCAGUGUGACAAUUGCAAUCAUGCUUGUCUUUCUCACAUUUGCGUUGUGGUUGCUCGGUGGCCUACAUGGCGCUCUCGGAGGGAUUCUUCCUUCCUUCAACCCCCUUGUGCGAUCAACAGACCUUAUGCAAACCGCAACGAGUUUGGGCCAGCAGCUGUCAAAGGAUGCAACCAUUAUCUUGCCAUCCAAUCCUUUAUGGGACGAAGUGAUUGCUCGAGGUUCAUACCCAAGGGUCAACCCAGGUUAUUUCGUCGUUGUUGAGGUUGCUACCGAGUCAGAUGUCCAGAAAACGGUCAAAUUUGCGAAUUCCAACGGUAUUCCUUUCUUGGUUGUUUCUGGGACUCAUGGCUGGACGAAAACGCUCAACAAACUUCAAGGUGGCAUUCAAAUCAACAUGCGCAAGCUGAACACGAGUGUUGUAAGCAAGGAUGGCAAGACCGCAACUAUUGGAGGAGGUACUCUGCAGUGGGAAGCCACGAGUGCACUCUUUAACCAAAGCAAGCAAGCAGUCACGGGUCUUUGUGAAUGUGUGUCGGUGAUUGGACCACUUCUUGGCGGAGGCCACAGCAUGCUUCAAAGUCAACAUGGAUUCGCGCUCGACAAUCUUGUCUCUGCCCGUGUCGUGCUUGCGGAUGGUUCUGUGACCGAUGUCUCUGCAUCUAAAAAUGCCGACUUGUUCUGGGCCUUGCGAGGGGCUGGUCACAAUUACGGAAUCGUGACGAGCUUCGUCGUUAAGGUGUAUGACAUUCCAGCGGGAAACCAAUGGACAGUCUAUUCCCUGAUCUACAAGAGCGAUAAACUCGAGGCGCUAUUUAGUCUUGUGAACAAGAUUGACGCUCCCUCUGCAACCCGACCGUCGAAGUUGGUGCUUGCGGGGGCUAUAACUCGCAUUCCUGAUAUCGAUGCAGCCCAGCCAGUGAUUGCCUACACCCUCUCCUACGAAGGCACUCAAGCGGAAGCUGAGCAAUAUGCCGCUCCAUUCAAGGCCAUUGGUCCUGCUGUAACAACGGUCACGACCAACGUCAACUACGUUCAGCUCUAUACGGUGACCGGCAACAACCUAGAAAAUCCGGUGUGCAGGAAAGACAAUAACAUCUUCGGCUCCGGAAUUUCGCUUCCAUCCUGGGAUACUGCCGGGCUCCGCAAGGCCUUUAAUGUAUUCGCCCAAGCCUCUGCGGACCCGCGAUUUUCAACAUCGGCUAUACUCACAGAAUCGUACGGGAUGAAUGGGGUGCGUGCCGUGGAUGCGAAAACCACCGCCUUGGCUCCUGAGGAACGCGCCAACCCCAUCCUUACAACACCAAUCUUUUGGUGGGAAGGAGCAAAUCCGCAGGAUGCCACGGACGCAGAGGCCUACGCAGCCAAGAUCAAGGACGCCAUGUAUUCGGGUGUCACCGCCGCAGGAGGGAAGAGGCAUACAUAUGUCAACUAUGCAAUGGGUGAAGAGAGCCGGGCGGAGAUGUAUGGUUAUGAGCAGUGGAGGAUGGAUAAGCUCAAGUCGUUGAAGAGCAUCUGGGACCCGAAGAACAAGUUUAGGUUUUACAACCCAAUUAUUUAGGGCCAACAUUAGACCGCCGAAAUAGGUGGAAUGAAG